UUUCUUCCCGUGCCCUGACUCCCUCCCCAUCCUUUUUUCUCCCCUCCCCACCAAUGGUCUCUCCCGAUGCUCAGUGGCGCGGGGUGGGGGGGGGGGGCGGAGGCGGGGCUGGAGUGUGGGGGGGCAGGUCUGCAUUGCCGCUUCCCUGGUCCCGGGAGCAGUCGCCGCUGCCGCCUCCGCCCGCGGCCGGGACCCCCGUCCUCUCCCGGGACUCCUUACCCGGGGAACCCAGCCCAGGUCUCCAGAGGCUUGUGGAAGAGAAGUAGGCGACCCUUCCUGAGUUAUCCUGGCUUAGCCUCCCAAUCUGGCUCCCCUUCCCCUUCCCAUUCCCCUGCUCCCCCUGUCCCUUCCCCAUUCACCCAGCUGAGCUGGGUAUAGGUCAAAGCUCCUCUCCUUCCUUUUCCCUCCUGGGCACUCAUUGGCUAGGACCUGUUUGCUCUUUUUUUUGUGCCCAAAGAUACUGGAACACACUUCAUCUAAGUAACUGUGGGGAGGGGUCUUUUUGACUCUACAAGUCCUUGAGCAAAAAGCUGAAAAAGAAGCAGGAGGUGGAGAAGACCCGGUGAAGUGCCCUGAGCCCCAUCAUGGAAGAGGGCUUCCGAGACCGGGCAGCUUUCAUCCGUGGGGCCAAAGACAUUGCUAAGGAAGUCAAAAAGCAUGCGGCCAAGAAGGUGGUGAAGGGCCUGGACAGAGUCCAGGACGAAUAUUCCCGAAGAUCGUACUCCCGCUUUGAGGAGGAGGAUGAUGAUGACGACUUCCCUGCCCCCAGUGAUGGCUAUUACCGAGGAGAAGGGACCCAGGAUGAGGAGGAAGGUGGUGCGUCCAGUGACGCUACUGAGGGCCAUGACGAGGAUGAUGAGAUCUACGAAGGGGAAUAUCAGGGCAUUCCCCGGGCAGAGUCUGGGGGCAAAGGCGAGCGGAUGGCAGAUGGGGCGCCCCUGGCUGGAGUAAGGGGGGGCUUGAGUGAUGGGGAAGGUCCCCCUGGGGGCCGGGGGGAGGCACAACGACGGAAAGAACGAGAAGAACUGGCCCAACAGUAUGAAGCCAUCCUACGGGAGUGUGGCCACGGCCGCUUCCAGUGGACACUGUAUUUUGUGCUUGGUCUGGCGCUGAUGGCUGAUGGUGUGGAGGUCUUUGUGGUAGGUUUCGUGCUGCCCAGCGCUGAGAAAGACAUGUGCCUGUCUGACUCCAACAAAGGCAUGCUAGGCCUCAUUGUCUACCUGGGCAUGAUGGUGGGAGCCUUCCUCUGGGGAGGUCUGGCUGACCGGCUGGGUCGGAGGCAGUGCCUGCUCAUCUCACUCUCAGUCAACAGCGUCUUCGCCUUCUUCUCAUCUUUUGUCCAGGGUUACGGCACUUUCCUCUUCUGCCGCCUACUUUCUGGGGUUGGGAUUGGAGGGUCCAUCCCCAUUGUCUUCUCCUAUUUCUCCGAGUUUCUGGCCCAGGAGAAACGAGGGGAGCAUUUGAGCUGGCUCUGCAUGUUUUGGAUGAUUGGUGGAGUGUACGCAGCUGCUAUGGCGUGGGCCAUCAUCCCCCACUAUGGGUGGAGUUUUCAGAUGGGUUCUGCCUACCAGUUCCACAGCUGGAGGGUCUUCGUCCUCGUCUGCGCCUUUCCUUCUGUGUUUGCCAUUGGGGCUCUGACCACGCAGCCUGAGAGCCCCCGUUUCUUCCUAGAGAAUGGGAAGCAUGAUGAGGCCUGGAUGGUGCUGAAGCAGGUCCAUGAUACGAACAUGCGAGCCAAGGGACAUCCUGAGCGAGUGUUCUCAGUUACCCACAUUAAGACGAUUCAUCAGGAGGAUGAAUUGAUUGAGAUCCAGUCGGACACAGGGACCUGGUACCAGCGCUGGGGGGUCCGGGCCUUGAGCCUAGGGGGGCAGGUUUGGGGGAAUUUUCUCUCCUGUUUUGGUCCCGAAUAUCGGCGCAUCACUCUGAUGAUGAUGGGUGUGUGGUUCACCAUGUCAUUCAGCUACUAUGGCCUGACCGUCUGGUUUCCUGACAUGAUCCGCCAUCUCCAGGCAGUGGACUAUGCAUCCCGCACCAAAGUGUUCCCCGGGGAGCGCGUAGAGCAUGUAACUUUUAACUUCACGUUGGAGAAUCAGAUCCACCGAGGCGGGCAGUACUUCAAUGACAAGUUCAUUGGGCUGCGGCUGAAGUCAGUGUCCUUUGAGGAUUCCCUGUUUGAAGAGUGUUAUUUUGAGGAUGUCACAUCCAGCAACACGUUUUUCCGCAACUGCACUUUCAUCAACACUGUGUUCUAUAACACUGACCUGUUUGAGUACAAGUUUGUGAACAGCCGUCUGAUAAACAGUACAUUCCUGCACAACAAGGAGGGCUGCCCGCUAGACGUGACAGGGACGGGCGAAGGUGCCUACAUGGUAUACUUUGUGAGCUUCCUGGGGACACUGGCAGUGCUUCCUGGGAAUAUCGUGUCUGCCCUGCUCAUGGACAAGAUUGGCAGGCUCAGAAUGCUUGCUGGCUCCAGCGUGAUGUCCUGUGUCUCCUGCUUCUUCCUGUCUUUUGGGAACAGCGAGUCGGCCAUGAUCGCUCUGCUCUGCCUUUUUGGUGGGGUCAGCAUUGCAUCGUGGAAUGCGCUGGACGUGUUGACUGUUGAACUCUACCCCUCAGACAAGAGGACCACAGCUUUUGGCUUCCUGAAUGCCCUGUGUAAGCUGGCAGCUGUGCUGGGGAUCAGCAUCUUCACAUCCUUCGUGGGAAUCACCAAGGCUGCCCCCAUCCUCUUUGCCUCAGCUGCCCUUGCCCUUGGCAGCUCUCUGGCCCUGAAGCUGCCUGAGACCCGGGGGCAGGUGCUGCAGUGAAGGGGUCUCUAGGGCUUUGGGAUUGGCAGGCACACUGUGAGACCAACAACUCCUUCCUUCCCCUCCCUGCCCUGCCAUCCUGACCUGCAGAGCCCUCAUUCCCCACUCCCCGUGUUUGGUGUCUUAGCUGUGUGGGUGUGUGCGUGUGCGUGUGCAUGUGUGUGACCCCUGUGGGCAGGGACUACAGGGAAGGCUCCUUCAUCCCAGUUUUGAGAUGAAGCUGUACUCCCCACUUCCCGUUACCCUUGACUUUGCACAAGAGAAGGCUGAGCCCCAUCCUUCUCCCCCUGUUAGAGAGGGGCCCUUGCUUCCCUGUUCCAGGGGUUCCAGAAUAGGCUUCCUGCCUUCCCCAUCAUUCCCUCUGCCUAGACCCUGGUGAAACCACAGGUAUGCAAUUAUGCUGGGGGCUGGGGCUCUGGUGUAGACCAUGGACCAAAAGAACUUCUUAGAGUCUGAAGGGUGGGCCUCGGGUGCCCUCUCACACCUCCUGUUGGAUGCUGGGGGAGAAGCAAUAAACCUCAGCCCUCUGGCCUCCACUUUCCUCUCAAUUUGGGCUGCAAAUAUGAAGCCUGAAUUUUAUGAAAUUAGCUUCCUGAUUCUUAUUUAUUAAUAGAUUAAGUUCUGAGGCAGCUCCACAGGACUGUGUGUGAAUGUGUAUGUAUACUUAUAUAUGUGUGUGCAUGUGCCAUGGGGCGGGGGGUAUCACUAUACUGUCCUCAAAUAUAAGCCAAGGGUAAUUUCAGCAGAUGCACACAACCCUGCCUCCCAUAGUUCCUCCCCUAAUCUGGUUUCUGUGUUGAGCCUGGGAUGGAGGAGCCCUAGGGCCAGCCUGGGAUAAGAGUCCCACAGUCUAGGGAGAUCUGAGGGCAUCUGACAAGGCCCAUCUCCUUCCCACCUCAAGAACCACAGGCCUCCUCUGGAGUGAGAGGCUCCACCCACUUCAGCACAGGUGGGAACAGCACAGCUGCCCUCCCAUGCCCCCGACCUGUCCCCUCACAGGCAGGGGAGGGAAAGAAACCAGGCAUCUGGUCAAACCAGCAGAUCAAAAAGCACAAGGAGCUGGGGCAGAGGCAGGAAGCAGGGGCCCUCCUGGCAGCUCCUCUGAGCGGGGAGAGGUUGGGGAGUAAGGGACCCCUAAUGCAGGGACUAGAAGCCUCAGUUUCCCCAUUUUACCCUUCCACACAAUAGCCUCUGUAGGUUAGGCUGCCCUGUCUCACCCUACUCUGUGUGGCUGCUUUCUUUGGUGCCCUCCCCUCACCCCACUGUAGCUGUGACGUGUUGUAGUUUUUAGAUGUUUGUAAAAUGUUUAAAAUAAAGUUAAAAGGAAAAAAGUGAAAAUAACAAAAAAGAAAACCAAAAUUCACCUUUGUCAUGCUGCGUCCGGUGCCCCAACCCUGUGGUCACUCCUCCCAUUUUGUAACACUGUACCAGGUGGUGACUGUUUAAUUCUUUGGUGUCUGUGCUCAAAAGACUGCCUUCUCCUCCAGUGCCCAGUGUACGAGUGUGUGCCCUGUGCCCUUGUCCCUCACUCCUCACAUGCUGGACGUAGCCCUUUUCCUUGCACCCCUGGGAGGGACCCACCCAUCUCCCUUGCUCUCCUGGGGAACCCUAAACCCAACUCUGUUGAUGUGAAAAAUGCAAUGAAAAAUAUUGACGAAAAAUAAAACGGAAACAAAUCCUCAAAAUACAAAA